GCUGUGAGCGUUUUUGGACAUCUGAGCGAGGGAACUCUGCUCCUCAACCACACCAAGUGACACAAACGCACUCCGACACCGCGGAGGACUCAGAACACCCCCGUGGGACACCUUUGUGAAGCUUGGGCGGGUUCUGCGAGGAACUUCCCCCAAAACACAUCAAGGAGCAGGGGAGUCACAAAAGAUGAAACCCAAGAGAGAUAUGAAGCGGCCCGCCAGGCGCAGCCCCACGGAGGAGGAGGAGGAGGAGGCCUGUGGACCGCCGGACCUGUUGCCGAACAAGCAACCGCCCAAGGCGCGUCACCGUGGCAACCUGCCCAAGGAGGCCGUGCAGCUCAUGAAGAACUGGCUGUACGAGCACCGCUUCAUGGCCUAUCCGUCGGAGGAGGAGAAACUCAUCAUUUCUGACCAGACCAACCUCACCAUGCUACAGGUGUGUAACUGGUUCAUCAAUGCUAGGAGGCGAGUGCUUCCCAGCAUGCUGCUCGAGGAUGGUAAAGAUCCCAAUCAAUACACGAUCUUCAGGCGAUCAGGGGGGAAGGGUGACGUACAGCCAUCUGUGAGAACUGCAUCUCCAAAGAGCAUCAGAUCAGCCUCUCUUGCAUCUCCACACCCGUCGGUCAUGCAGCCCGGAGCUGUGGUGCAGCAGGGGCUGCAAGAUGGCAAGAGCAACACCAUUGCAGAGCUGAGCCAGGAAGAUGUGGACAUGGAGAGCCCAGCUUCUGAGGACAUCAGUACAGAGAGCCCUGGAUUUGAGGCCCUUUACAACUCUUCACCACUGCCAGGAGGGGAGAAGGAAGAGGUGGAAGCACUCACACCAGACUUCAGCAACCUUCUUCUGCUGGCAGAAGUUGCUACAAUGAAGUUGGCUGAGCUGAAGGAGGAGGAAAGGCUUCUAAAGCUCCAUCAGCAGAUGGUACAGCCAUGCAAGGAGGGUGUGCAGGAGGGCUCUGUGCCAGAACCUGUGGGCCCAGUGGGUGACCAGAGCACCUCAGAAGAGGGCACCUCCCAGCUGGUGUCACCAAGCACAGAGUGUGUAGGUGAGUUAGUGCAGCCCAGCACUAGCACUUGGACUGUUGCACGCAUGGAACCCCAGCCGGCCAAUUUGACCUAUGUCUGGAACUCACAUGUCCUGCUCGCUCUGCAGGGGGCUGCUCCGAGCGCAGGCUCAGCUGUUUUUCACUGCCCCUUUCCCCACCUCCCCAAGUCCUGCUGA